GUGAACUUUGUAAAGGAGGGAUGCAGGGAUGAUAAGAUUUGCCGCAGCAACCUGAAGAUGGAGUACAGUCUACACUACAAACAAAGCAACCAGGAGGUGUUCACUCCGUUAAAUAAAAGUGAAAACAACAUCCCUGAGUUUUGUCUGAACUAUGAGAAGAAGGACUUGGCUCUGCAGGUGACUGUGACCAACAUGAACGGUGACGAUGCUUACGAAGCAAAGCUUGUAGGGAGUUUCCCUGACACCCUGUCAUACUCCGGCGUCCGCUCAACAACUGUAAGUUUACAAUAUGACUCUGCUCCAUGGAGAAAUCCAUUUGUGGGUUGA